CGACGUGCGCGCUACAAACUUGGCCAAAAGCUGAAAGCGAGCAGAAGUUUUUUGGAGCGAACGAGAACGAGAACGAGCGAAAACGACGGAAAUGAAGUUGGCUAAGAAGUGCUCCACCUACUUGGUGAUAUGCCUGGUCUUGCUGGCCUGUGUUUUGCAGGAAACGGAGGCCACGCGACGCGUGAACCGCGGUCGUCGCACCCUCACCCGUCGUUACUUCAGUGGCCUUGCCAUACCAGGCUGGGCUAUGAUCGUCUGCAUUGCACUGGCUGAGCUCCUGAUUGGCGGUGCCCUGUACUUUAUACUGAAGAAGGUGAUCCUGGACAAGGAGCCCGAUCAGGGCACUAGCUCUUACACACCGGCACCGGCAGCUCCUAGCACUUAUACCCCAGCUCCGGCCCAUGAGACGGCAACGACGGUGACACCAACGCCCACGCAUGCCACGGCCAUUGCUUAAGCAGAAUAAGGAUGAGAAUGAGGAGACUUCCAGCCAUAGUUCAUAAUUCAAGCCCCUUAAAUUCAAUUACAAUUAUAUCCUAAACUAGAGUUUAUAUAUUUCGUUCGUAUCAAGAAUGCAGAGCAUGUGUGUUCUGUGCCCUUUUUGUUUACCUUCAAUUUCGAAUAAAUAACAAAACCCUUGGUUACCCAUCCGGCGCCACACUUAAGUGGUUAUAA